AUGACCAAGCUCCUAUCUUCGGAAAGUCAAGUAUCUCCUGCUAUCGCCAAAAGAAGUUCAUUGGCCGGGACUCGGAGUGCCGCUGAUACGUCGCCGGGCCACUCGUGCUCAAGCAAGUCCACGUCCAAGGGGAAUGGAGAUAGCAAAGAUAGUUGUCCUGAGGGUUUCUUGCGUGACCGAUUCAUUGCGGACUGGAGCAAGAAGACCGCAUCAUCACCUGGUACUGGCGUUCUUGGCCCUACCAGCUACUCAGCUGUUUAUGAUGAGAGUGAAGAUGUGAUUAAAUCACCUACAGUUACGACAUCCUUCCGCGACUUCUCCAAAUCGCUCAAACGUAGCCAAAAUUUGGUCGACGAUGCAGACAUACAAGUUGGUGCGGAACUCUUGCUCUUCCUUUACCAGGAUUUCACUCUCUACGAGCGCAUGUCAAUAUCCAAAUUCUGCCACUGUGAGGGGCAUGUUUUCGCGCCCGCUUUGCUUCGACUACUGUUCGCUUCCGUUAGACAGAUGUUGAACAAUGCUAUUAGCGAUGAAUCUGAUCCGUUGCCAGAUUUGAUCGCGUUGUCCAAAAAGAUUUUUGAGAAUUGCUCAAAGAUAAUUUAUGUCGAUUCACAUAUGACACCACAGGAUUACUUUAUUUCCAUGCCGAAUAGGUGGGAGGUAAUUGGUGUGAUAUUUUCAAUUAUUGGCUCAAGUGCUUUUCUUCUUCCAGCUUCUGAUAUGGUCACCUUACAUCCCCAUGCAGCCAAUGUAGAUCGACAAGGUCUGUCACUGGUAAGCAUCUCUGCAGGAGACAAGUGUUUGAGAUUUUGUGAAAAUGCUGGUGUCAUCUCCGAGCCGCUUUCUUGGGCUUUGCUUGCACAUGCUUCAUUAUUGUCAUUCGUCUAUGGUGAUCACGACUACCGACCUUGGAAGAUCCUAGGUGAUCUCUCAACACUUGUAUACUCCCUGGGCUUUCAUCAACGGCAAAAUAACGAGACGUUGCCGUUCUUUCUUAUCGAGCAUCGCAAACGACUCUUGCUUGGAGCAUACUCAAUUGAUAAAGAAUUGGCAACUUUUCUAGGACGUCCACCCAGGAUCAGUUGGCGACAUAUUGAUGUUGACCUUCCUCUGGACAUUACCUACAAUGAACUCCUCGCCGAGCCUGAAAUUCGAGAUGCCGCAAUUGCACAAUUAGAUGAGGAUGGGUGGAACACACAAGGCAUAGUGUCGCGGACCACAUUUGUUCGCUCUAUGUAUAAAAUAGGGCAGGUUAGAGAAUUAGUACUCGAACUAUCUCUCAACUCUCCCCUUGAGAACCUGGAACGCAGGAUUCUAGAAAUCACAGAGCUUGCAGCCGAAAUUCGCAGCCAGCUGCCACCACGAUUGCAAGCUGUUAGUUACAAUGAUAGUGUGACUCUAAGCGAAUCAAACCUAAUGACACUUUGCUUCCAUCUGGAAUGCCUUUACAACGAACUGAUCAUGCAGAGAAUUCUUGUCAAGAGAACUGGCUAUGAAUCCCAGAGAUUGCGGAGCGUUGCCCAUGAGAUGCUCAGUGCUCUUCUGAUCGUCAAUGGACAUCGGGCUCCGGAUGGAAGAGACAAUAAUACGGUGGCUUGGAAUACAUCCUUCUAUGGACUUCCAUCCGCUGGUGUGUUGGCAAUUGAACUCCUUCGCCAGUCUCAAAGCACCCACCAUGAUCCAAUGUUCCCUCGCUCUGAAAUCAUUCAAAACCUGAGCAGGUUUGCUGGAGACCUAGAAUACGCCAUUGCACGAGAAGCCGGCAAUUAUGAGAUUUGUCAACAAGCUCGUAAAUUGAUCCGAUCUAUCCUAGACCGUGUCCUUUCAGCACCACAAGUAUCGCUGCCAGCAAGCGCAGAUGUGAGUUCUAUGCCCAUUGAAUGGCUGGGGAGUGAUGACAUCUGGUUGAAUCAAGAUUCGGACUUCAUGAGAUGGAUUCACAAUUUCGACUGGAAUCAAGAGACAUCUAUGGGACAAUAA